AUUAGAGGCAUAGAGUAAUGGAAUACUAUAAGUGAAGCAGAAAAAAGCAAAAGAAGCAAAUGCAAACACUAUCUAACUAACCCUUUACUCACUAUUCAACUUGGACUUAAAUGCCUUUUUCUUCAUUUCCACUCAAUUGCCCCCAAACACCCGCCAUCAUUCUUGCCCACAAAACCAACAUUAUUACAUUUUCUGUCUCUUCAUCUUCCCAGAUUUUUCUAACCUCAGAUUUAAACCAGCUUAUGCUUAGAAUUCUCUCACAGCUUGAUUGAUUUUCUAGCAAAAAGUCGAACUAAUGGAGAAAAAACAGCUAAAUUUUAGCGUUCCUCUGAUGUCUGCAAGACGGUAUUCAUCUCCAAUACGCCGUUCAGGUGAGCAGGACAAGAGGGAUUCUCCGCCAAAGAACCGGAGCUCAAUUCCGUCUCAGCCAUCAGAUGUAAACUUGGAUGAGGUGGUGAAGCCAGGGUCUGUUCCAUUCAUUUGGGAGCAAGCACCGGGGAAAGCAAAAGGCGGAAAUGAGUCUCAGACACAGAGCCCUGAUGAGGUGCCUACGACUCCUAAGGUUCCUCCUAGUAUGCCAUUUCCUCCUGGUAAAAAAUCAGGGGAAUUGAAUGGAUACAGAACACCCAAUAAACUAUCAGGAGAGUUGGCAGUUCUUAGACCUCGAAACAAGCUAUCAGGAGAGCUAAAUGUUCUAAGACCCCAUAAGUUUUCGGGUGAGCUUAACACCCAUCACCCCCAUAAUAAACUCUCAGGGGAACUUAAGACAUUGAGUGCCAAAUUUUACUCCUCGAAUGAUGGUAUUGUUAGAUGGGAUGGUUCAAAAGAGGGGACUGAAAUGAAUGAAAGUUCGUCAGAAGAUGAUGCUACAUUCUCUGAUGCAAUUGAAACUUUGUCUCAGUUAGAGUCGUUUUCUGUCAAUUGUAGUGUCAGUGGUUUGACUGCUUCAGAUCGCCCUGAGACCAAACGUUCUGAGAAUCUUCCAACAGAUCCAAGAGCUCGGGAGUUUAUGAUGAACCGGUUCUUACCUGCAGCUAAGGCAAUGACCCUCGAGCCAUCUCAUUAUUCCUCUAGGAAACAACUUGUAGUUGUGGAGCAAACUAAGGAAGUUAAAGCAUUGGUUCCUAGAGCUAUGACACCUCCACCUAACCGAAACAUAUGCAACAUUGUGCCUUACACUGGUCAAGAUAUUGGGUCUGAAGAAAGUGAAGAUGAAGAAGACAACUAUGAUGGGAGGAGCGCUCUAUCUGUUAAAGUCAAAGCUUGUGGAUUUCUUCCUUGGUUUUGCUCAAAGAACUCUUUGCGCCUUGUUAAUCCACUACCGACCAUGAAGGAUAGAUCAAAGAGUGCUCUGUCUUCUGCCAGUAAACUCGGCAAAUUGGUUAAGAAUAAAUCGUGGAGAUCUCCCAGUCAAAAACUGGCUAAGCAAGAUACACAUAGUAAUCAAAAGCACAAGACCAGUCAAGUGUACAAAAGCUGUGAGCUACAAAAGCCAAAGCAUUCUUCUAGGCCAAUGUUCUACUCCGGGGAGCUGCAGACUAGAAGUGGCUCUCCUUACCGAAGUCCCAGGAGAAGUGCUGUCUCUCCCUUUCGGAAUGAAUCACCUCAGUCCCUCUACCAAAAGGGUGUAGGUUUUCUUGCAGUCCCCAAAGAGGUUGAUUCCUUUGCUGAAUAUCGGUCAAAGGUUCCUCAAAAGGGUAGUUCGAAAAGAUUUGAAGAUCCAGGAAAGAAGAUAAGGAGUUCAGGCACAAGAAGCCCAGCUGUUGAAAAGACACUAUAUGUAGAUUCUGUAAAUAUCACCAAAGUCUCCCAUUCAAUUUUGAACUUGCCAAAGACCAAAAGGCAGGUAGACGGAAUGGUUCAACAGGCUGUAAAAUUAGAAACUCCGUCUGAACAUGGAGGACGAAUGGAAAUCAUGAAGGCUAGGGGCAUGAGUGGACCUCUUGUUUGUGGCGCCGCUGAUUCCUCAGAACCUGCUAGAAUAUUAGAAAAAGGCAACACAAAUACCUGCAGGGAGCUUGUUUUAGUGUCAUCAGAUGACAACACCACUAUGCAGUCUACUCUCAAUCCCCCGUUGCCAAAAUCACCAUCAGAAUCUUGGCUUUCUCGGCAAUUGCCUUCAGUUACACCAAGGGCUUCACCCAGGAACUCAGUUUCUUAUUCAAGUCUGAACUCCAAGAUCUUGUCCAGGCAGCAGAAUGCCAAAACACUCACUUCUGGUGUCAAGUGGGAAACUAUUGUCAAAAGCUCUCAUUUGCGUCAAGAUCAUGGACGUUACUCAGAGGAAUUGGUAACUCAAGUUUCUCAGCAAGGUCGAAGAUGGAAGUAAAGGUCUCUAGACUAUUGAAAUAUAUAUACAAACACUCACCGUGAUUAUACAUGGAUUGUUUUGCCAUAACUGAAGAUUUAAGUUUUUUCCUCAACAAUCUUCAGUUUCCACAUUUUUUUUGGAGGCUGGUUAAUUUAUCAUGUUUCGCCGCCCUGGAGUUUUCUUUCUUUGCUUAAACCUUAGGACUAGGAGAUUGGGGUCACCAUCAUUCCAAGAAAUGUACCUAGUUCCAACAAGUGGAUUUGUUGUGAACCUUAGAUAACUAGUACAGACUGCUUUCAGAAUGCAGCUUUGGUUAUGAAAAAAAGCUGUAAUAGAAUCAACAUUUUAAUUUAUAAAUUGGCAAGGUUUUUAUAA